CCGCCCCCAGCCAGCCCUGGAUCCCGGCCCCCGGAGAGGACUCGCAUUUCGACUUGCGGGACACUUUUGUGCGUUUCUCCCGAGCGCGCCUCUCGCGCUCGCCCCUCCUGCGCUCGCGCUUUCUAGCCCUCACCUCCUUCUCCCAUUCUCUCCCUCUCUCCUUCUCGUCCGCUCCUAGAGUUGUUGUGCUUGUUGCUGCCCCGCUCCUCGCUCCUUCUCCCCCCUUUCUUCCCCCUUCCCCUCCCCGGGGGUGUGUGUGGCAACUUUUCCCCCCUCGCUGCUCCUUCUCCUGUUUGCCCUUAUAUGUGACCAUGGCAGUGCCGGCGGCUUUGAUCCCUCCGACCCAGCUGGUCCCCCCUCAACCCCCGAUCUCCACGUCUGCUUCCUCCUCUGGCACCACCACCUCCACCUCCUCGGCGACCUCGUCCCCGGCUCCGUCCAUCGGACCCCCGGCGUCCUCCGGGCCGGCUCUGUUCCGGCCGGAGCCCAUCGCCUCUGCGGCGGCGGCGGCGGCCACAGUCACCUCUCCCGGCGGCGGCGGCGGAGGCAGCGGAGGCGGCGGUGGCAGCGGUGGCAACGGCGGCAGCGGAGGCGGCGGUGGCGGCGGCGGCGGCGGAGGCAACUGCAACCCCAGCCUGGCGGCCGCGAGCAACGGCAGCGGCAUCAGCGCUGGCGGCGGCGGCGCCUCGAGCACCCCCAUCAACGCGAGCACCGGCAGCAGCAGCAGCAGUAGCAGCAGCAGCAGCAGCAGCAGCAGCAGUAGCAGCAGCAGCAGCAGCAGUAGCAGCAGCAGCUGCGGCCCCCUCCCCGGGAAACCCGUGUACUCAACCCCGUCCCCAGUGGAAAACACCCCCCAGAAUAAUGAGUGCAAAAUGGUGGAUCUGAGGGGGGCCAAAGUGGCUUCCUUCACGGUGGAGGGCUGCGAGCUGAUCUGCCUACCCCAAGCUUUCGACCUGUUCCUGAAGCACUUGGUGGGGGGCUUGCACACAGUCUACACCAAGCUGAAGCGGUUGGAGAUCACGCCGGUGGUGUGCAAUGUGGAACAGGUUCGGAUCCUGAGAGGACUGGGAGCCAUCCAGCCGGGAGUGAACCGCUGCAAACUCAUCUCCAGGAAGGACUUCGAGACCCUCUACAAUGACUGCACCAACGCAAGUUCUAGACCUGGAAGACCUCCUAAGAGGACUCAAAGUGUCACCUCCCCAGAGAACUCUCAUAUCAUGCCACAUUCUGUCCCUGGCCUCAUGUCUCCUGGAAUAAUUCCGCCAACAGGUCUUACAGCAGCAGCUGCAGCAGCUGCCGCUGCUACCAAUGCAGCUAUCGCUGAAGCAAUGAAGGUGAAAAAAAUCAAAUUAGAAGCUAUGAGUAACUAUCAUGCCAGUAAUAACCAACAUGGAGCUGAUUCCGAAAAUGGGGACAUGAAUUCAAGUGUUGGCAGCAGUGAUGGUUCUUGGGAUAAGGAAACACUGCACUCUUCCCCAUCUCAGGGAUCUCAGGCUACUGUUUCCCACCCCCGCAUGCCUGGAGCGCAUAGCCUUCCAGUUAGUCAUCCUCUCAACCAUCUUCGGCACAGCCACCUGCUGCCAAAUGGACUGGAACUUCCUUUUAUGAUGAUGCCCCACCCUCUAAUUCCUGUCAGCCUACCUCCAGCAUCUGUCACCAUGGCAAUGAGCCAGAUGAACCACCUCAGCACCAUUGCAAAUAUGGCAGCGGCAGCACAAGUUCAGACUCCUCCAUCCAGAGUUGAGACCUCUGUUAUUAAGGAGCGCGUUCCUGAUAGUCCCUCGCCAGCCCCCUCUCUGGAGGAGGGUCGCAGGCCCGGCAGCCACCCGUCUUCACACCGCAGCAGCAGCGUGUCCAGCUCCCCCGCAAGGACCGAGAGCUCUUCUGACAGAAUCCCUGUCCAUCAGAAUGGGUUGUCCAUGAACCAGGUGCUGAUGGGUUUAUCACCAAAUGUGCUCCCUGGACCAAAGGAGGGAGAUUUGGCUGGUCAUGACAUGGCACAUGAGUCAAAGAGGAUGCAUAUUGAAAAAGAUGAGACCCCGCUUUCUACACCAACCGCAAGAGAUGGCCUUGACAAACUUUCUCUAACUGGGCAUGGACAACCACUGCCUCCAGGUUUUCCAUCUCCUUUUCUGUUUCCUGAUGGAUUGUCUUCCAUAGAGACCCUCCUGACUAAUAUACAGGGGCUUUUGAAAGUUGCCAUAGAUAAUGCCAGAGCUCAAGAAAAACAGGUCCAACUGGAGAAAACAGAGCUAAAGAUGGAUUUUUUAAGGGAAAGAGAACUAAGGGAAACUCUUGAGAAGCAGCUGGCUAUGGAACAAAAGAACAGAGCCAUAGUUCAAAAGAGGCUAAAAAAGGAGAAGAAGGCAAAAAGAAAAUUGCAAGAAGCACUUGAAUUUGAGACAAAACGGCGUGAGCAAGCAGAGCAGACACUAAAACAGGCAGCUUCAACAGAGAGUCUCAGAGUUUUAAAUGACUCUCUGACCCCAGAGAUAGAAGCUGACCGCAGUGGCGGCAGAACAGAUGCUGAAAGGACAAUACAAG